UUUGAAAUAUCCGUCAUUAUAUUCGAAUUCGACCAGAAGCUGCUUUGGAAAAUUUUGUACAAAAUUUUUAUUGGAAAAAAAUAAGUAUUUGAAGGAUAAAAGAUAAACAUGUCCCGCACUAAGGGUGGUAGCGAUAAGUGCUCCUGUCGCCUGGUCAAGGAGGUCAACCAACUAAAGACCGUCGUCAAUGCCCAGAGCAAGGUCCUGGCCAAGCUGGUGCGGCAGAUGAAGGACGGGUGCAAGAAGAAGGACGAGGAGGAGGACGGGUGCACCUUCUGCGGUCUUAAUCCCUGCAUAAAAUGCCUGAAUCCCGACGUCCUCUACCAUCUAGGACACAAUACUGAUACCACGGACUUUCCGAAGGUAUUCGGGGACGUUAAGUUCGUUUGCAUGGGUGGGACACCGGGGCGGAUGGAGGCAUUCGCCUAUUACAUAAUGCAGGAGAUUGGACUGAAGCUGAAUCCGGCCACGAAGCUUGCCGACAUGGCAGAGGCCGGAAAGCGGUACGGGAUGUUCAAGGUGGGACCCGUACUCUGCGCCAGCCACGGCAUGGGCUGUCCCUCGAUCUCGAUCCUGCUGCACGAACUCAUCAAGACGAUGUACCACGCCAAGUGCAAAGAUCCGGUCUUCAUUCGGAUGGGCACGUGCGGAGGCCUUGGCGUGGAGCCCGGCACUGUGGUGAUCACCACGGAGGCGGUGAGCGGGAAGCUGGAGCCUGUCCACGAGAUCGUGGUGCAUGGCAACAGCGUGCUGCAUCCCAGCCAGCUGGACGAGGGCUUGGCCAAUGAGAUCAAGUCGUGCCACGAUCCCCGCACGGACAAGUUCGACGUGGUCAUUGGCCGGACGAUGUGUGCCCAUGACUUCUACGAAGGCCAGUCCCGCCUAGACGGCGCCUUCUGCGAGUACACCCCCGAUGCCAAGAUGGCCUUCCUGGAGCAGUUGCAAGCCCAGGGUGUCAAGAACAUCGAGAUGGAGAGCCUGGCCUUCGCGGCCCUGACCAGCCGGGCCAACAUCCGGUCGGCUGUGGUGUGUGUGGCCAUUCUGAACCGCCUGGAAGGGGAUCAGAUAACAACACCACACGAAAUCCUGAGCGGCUUCGACAAGCGUCCUGCAACGCUCAUCGCUCGCUAUAUCAGAAAGGUCCUGUACCCCGUCGAGGAGGACUCUGAUCUGGCAUCGGAGGCCGAGUCCGAGGAUGGAGACGGCGGUGCUGGGGACAGCAAGCCACCGCCACCUCCUCCUGAAGAGGAAGCCGAAUGAGACAACUCCUCCACUGACCAGUAUGUGAAAAAAUAAUUGUUUAAGUAAAGGAUUUUAAAAACUGUAGAGAGUAUCCUUUUUCAGUUCAA